AUGACGGAGGGAUCGCCGCCGAAAGUGCUCCCGGUAGAGCAUGCAGAUGACUCCAUGCGAUCUCCUCCGCCGAAAUCGGAUCCUGCCGAUGCAAUUGGUCGCAAUGUAGGUUCUUCCGGAGGAUCGUCGAGGAGAAAAGGUAGGGUUUCUGAGAUGAAAUCGUCUGAGGAGAAUCGACGACGGUCGCCGAGAUUAUCCGUUGAAUCUAACGGAACUGACUCUUCUUCUCGUGCUGUUAAGCUUCGAAGAUGUAGGUCUUCAAAUGGGAAUGAGAACAUGCAAGUAGUUCACCAGAAGAAGAAAACUAGGAAAGUAAUUGCUUCUUCCAUUGAAUUGUCUAAUUCAUCAGUGGAACAGCAUUCCCCUGAAGUUGAUGAUAUCGACUGCUCAGCACUGUCUCCGGAGGAAAUCACAACCUCAGCCUGGGUUGAAAAUGGCCGAACAAAUUAUAAUUGUUUUGCUUUGUCUGUGCUACAAGGCAAACCUUCAAAAAAGAAAUUUAAAUCAUCUGCUUCUUUUGCCAAUGGAAGUAUGGAUGAGAAAAACAUUUCUUUAUUCAUUGGUGAUCCAAUACCUGAUAAUGAAGCUCGCGAAAGAUGGGGAUGGCGCUAUGAAUUGAAGGACAAACAAUGUAAAGAUAAAGUGUUCAAAAUAAAUGAGGAUGAAGAAGACGAGACUAUUAUAAAUGUUAAAUGCCAUUAUGCCCAAGCUAAAAUUGGGAACUGCACUUUCAAUAUUGGUGAUUGUGCAUUUAUAAAAGGUGAAGAAGAACAAAAACAUAUUGGCAAGAUUGUUGAGUUUUUUCAAACUACUGAUAGGAAAAAUUAUUUUCGGGUCCAAUGGUUUUACAGAAUUCAAGAUACAGUUGUCAAAGAUGCAGGUGAUUAUCAUGACAAGAGGCGUUUGUUCUAUUCAUCAAUAAUGAAUGAUAACUUAAUAGAUUCCAUAAUAGAGAAAGUGAAUGUUAGAUACAUAAAACCUAAGGUUGGUCCGAGGUUGACUUCUGUUUCACCAUCUAACUUCUAUUAUGAUAUGGAAUAUUGUGUUGAAUACUCUACAUUCCGCAAAAUGCCAACAGAUAAUGUUGUUAAGAUUAAGGAGUCAUCACAACCUGCUGUGGUUGAGAGUCUCUCAACAGAGGCAUCUACUAUUUCCAAGUGCCUACCUAGUCCUGAAUUGCACAGGACAGAACUGACAUUGCUAGAUCUCUAUUCUGGCUGUGGUGGCAUGUCAACUGGACUGUGCUUAGGUGCCAAACUAUCAUCAGUUAAUCUUGCCGCGAGAUGGGCUGUUGAUAGUGAUAUAUCGGCAACUAAAAGCUUGAAACUAAACCAUCCAGAUACGCACGUGAGAAAUGAAUCUGCAGAGGACUUUCUGCAACUAUUGAAGGAGUGGGAAAAGCUAUGCAAACGGUAUAAUGUUGGUGACACAGAAAGAAAAACUCCAAUACGGUCAAGGAGCUCAGGAGGAAAGAAGCAAGUGAAUUCUCAAGCUGAUGAUAAUUCUGAUGAUGAACUUGAAGUAUCUAGGUUAGUUGAUAUAUGCUACGGUGAUCCCGGUAAAACAGGAAUACAUGGUCUAUAUUUGAAGGUGAACUGGAAAGGUUAUGAUGAAAGUGAAGAUACAUGGGAACCAAUUGAAAACUUACGCAAUUGUAAGCAAAUCAUUCAGGAUUUUGUGAGAGAGGGGAUACAAUCAAAACUCUUGCCUCUUCCUGGUGAAGUUGAUGUUGUUUGUGGAGGUCCUCCAUGUCAAGGAAUUAGUGGAUAUAAUCGCUUUAGAAACACGGAAUCACCACUGGAUGAUGAAAGAAAUCAUCAGAUAGUGGUUUUCAUGGAUAUAGUGAAAUAUUUAAAGCCUAAGUAUGUUUUAAUGGAGAAUGUGGUUGACAUAUUAAGAUUUGACAAGGGUUCACUUGGAAGAUAUGCGUUAGGUCGUUUGGUACAUAUGAAUUACCAAGCAAGAUUGGGAAUUGUUGCAGCUGGGUGUUAUGGUCUUCCACAAUUUCGAUUGCGCGUUUUCAUGUGGGGGGCUCAUCCUGAUGAGGUCCUACCCCAAUUUCCAUUGCCAACACAUGAUGUUAUUGUUAGAUACUGGCCUCCACCUGAGUAUGAGCGUAAUACUGUUGCUUAUGAUGAGGACCAUAAACGAGAAUUAGAGAAAGCUCUUGUUAUUCAAGAUGCCAUCUCCGAUCUUCCUCCUGUCACAAACUUUGAAACUCGGGACGAAAUGGCUUACAAAAAUCCUCCAGAAACAGAAUUUCAAAGAUAUAUACGGUCUACUAAGUAUGAGAUGACUGGAUCCAAAUUAAAUGGAACAACAGAGCAAAAUCAUUUGUUAUAUGAUCACCGACCUCACUUUAUGUCUGAAGAUGACUACCUACGCGUUUGUCAAAUACCCAAAAAGAAGGGAGCGAAUUUCCGUAAUCUUCCUGGUAUAGUUGUUGGAGCUGACAAUGUGGUCAAGCCACACCCAGUAGAGAAAAUUCCAUUGCUACCAUCUGGAAAGCCACUGGUCCCCGAUUACUGCUUCACUUUUGAACAGGGGAGAUCCAAGAGGCCAUUUGGACGGUUGUGGUGGGAUGAGACUGUUCCUACUGCACUAACCUCCCCAAGUUGUCAUAACCAGGUAGUACUACAUCCAGAGCAGGAUCGAAUCCUCACUAUACGAGAAUUUGCCCGGCUCCAAGGAUUUCAUGAUUAUUAUAGAUUUUAUGGGUCUGUGAAAGCUAGGUACCGUCAAAUUGGAAAUGCAGUUGCUGUUCCUGUUUCGCGAGCUUUAGGAUAUGCCCUAGGAAUAGCACAUAGGAAGCUUGGCAGUAAUGAGCCACAUAUGAUCCUCCCAUCCAAAUUCUCUCUUUCCAAUUAUCUUCAAUUAUCAAGUAAUCAUGUUGGCAACUCCAUUUUUGAGACAGAAAAUGCAGGCAAAACCUCAGUAGUUGAGUCAGAAAAUGCAGGUGACAACAACGUAGUUGAGUCAGAAAAUGCAGAUGACAACAACGUAGUUGAAUCAGAAAAUGCUGCCAACAUCAUACCUGAUUCAAAAAAUGCUACAGACGCCAAAAUUGCUACCACCAUUAUUGAGUCGGAAAAUGCCGCCAACACCAAUUUUGAGUCAGAAAAUGCAGGCGACACCACUAUUUUUGAGUCAGAAAAUGCUGCUGACACCAUUUUUAAGUCAGUAAAUGUUGCCGAGACGACCAUUUUUGAGUCAGACAAUGCUGCAAACACCAUUUUUGAGUCAGAAAGUGCUGGCGGCACCACCGUAGUUGAGUCAGAAAAUGCUGCUGACACCACACUUGAUUCAAACAAUGCUACCAACACCAUUUUCUAUUCAGAAAAUGCUGCCGAGACCACCAUGUUUGAGGUUGACGGCAUUUUUGAUUCAAAAGAUGCUCUAGACACCCCCAUUUUUUAUUCAGAAAAUGCUGCAGAAACCUCCAUUUUUGAGUCCGACAAUGCUGCAAAUACCAUGUUUGAGUCCGAAAACGCUGCAGACACCGCCAUGUUCGAGUCAGAAAAUGCUGCAGACACCACCAUGUUUGAGUUAGAAAAUGCUGCCGUUGCCAAUUUUGAUUCAAAAUAUGUUGCCGACACCACCAUUUUUGAUUCAGUAAAUGCUCCAGACACUUCCAUUUUUCAGUCUGAAAAUGUAGGUGACACCACCAUUUUUGAGUCAGAAAAUGCUCCAGACACCACCAUUUUUGUUUCAGAAAAUGCUGCAAACAACUCCAUUUUUCAAUCAGAAAAUGAUGGUGACACCUCCAUUUUUCAGUCUGAAAAUGUAGGUGACACCACCAUUUUUGAGUCAAAAAAUGCUCCAGAUACCACCAUUUUUGUUUCAGAAAAUGCUGCAAACGACUCCAUUUUUCAAUCAGAAGAUGCAGGUGACACCGCAGAGUCAGAAAAUGCUACCGACACCUUUUUUGAUUCAGAAAAUGCCGGAGACACCAACUAG